GCACCUGAGUUCUAGCCUGAAUUUAAAGGAUUCCUUCCUCUAUAUUUUUGGUAAGAUGGCUGAUCCUUGGCAAGACUGCAUGGAUUAUGCUGUAACCCUAGCAAGACAAGCUGGAGAGGAGGUCCGUGAAGCUCUAAAAGAUGAAAAGAACGUAAUGCUGAAAAGCUCUCCUGUUGAUUUGGUGACUGCAACUGACCAAAAAAUUGAAAAAAUGCUCAUCUCAGCCAUAAAGGAAAAGUUUCCAUCUCACAGUUUCAUUGGUGAGGAGUCUGUGGCAGCUGGGGAAAAAAGUAUCUUAACUGACAACCCCACAUGGAUCAUUGACCCUAUUGAUGGAACAACCAACUUUGUACAUAGAUUUCCUUUUGUAGCUGUUUCAAUCGGCUUUACUGUAAAUAAAAAGGUGGAAUUUGGAGUUGUGUAUAGCUGUGUGGAAGAUAAGAUGUACACUGCCAAGAAAGGAAAAGGUGCCUUUUGUAAUGGUCAAAAACUACAGGUUUCAAAACAAGAAGAUAUUACCAAAUCACUUGUGGUGACUGAGUUGGGCUCUACCAGAACACCAGAUAUUGUGAAAGCGACUGUUUCUAAUAUGGAAAAGCUUUUUUGUGUUCCUGUUCAUGGGCUCCGUGGUGUUGGAACAGCAGCACUUAAUAUGUGCCUUGUGGCAACUGGAGGAGCAGAUGCAUAUUUUGAAAUGGGAAUCCACUGCUGGGAUAUCGCAGGCGCUUCCGUUAUUGUUACUGAAGCUGGUGGAGUGCUGCUGGACGUUACAGGUGGACCAUUUGACUUGAUGUCACGAAGAGUUGUUGCUGCAAAUAAUAGAACAUUAGCAGAACAGAUAAUCAAAGAAAUUGAGAUAGUACCUUUUCAACGAGAUGAUGAAGAAUGA